AUGGCGUCCAAAGCAAGUGAAGUAGGAGCGCGCUCGCACAGACCCAUGAAUGAUGAAAAUAUCGCUGACGCACUAAAUGAAUCUGAAUUCGACUAUUCGGGCGAUGAUUCAGAUUGUGAUCUGACCUUCAAACCUCCGGAACUCGACUGUCAUGUUGUUGUAAUUGGUGCUAAUAAUUCCGAUACGGACAUUACAGACUCGGAUGAUUCAGAUAACGCUACUGAAUCAGAUUACCCUGCACCUUCACCUACGUUAUCUACUAACUCCAGGGCUCCAAGGUCACGAGGAAGAGCACAAAGCAGACGACCAAGCAGAGGUCGUUCACGACAAAUCAUCGUGUAA